ACCAUCUUGAUGCUCCAGCUUCAUGCCUCUACUAUCAUAUCUACUAUCAUUAGAAUUUCUAAGGAAAGCCUUGAUGUUAACGUUAUUCACGUUGAUGGGAGUUUGUUUCACCGUACCAUAAAUCGAGAAGGAAAAUUGAACAGGAGUCAAUCUGUCGUUAUAGUGAGGGCCUCGUCAGAACGCGGAACAUCGUUUACAUCUGGAUUGAUCAGGGCUGUUGUUGUUGUUGUUUUCGGUGAUUUCGGUGGUUUCAUGUGUAUAAAGGUGUAAGGCUCUGCUCAGUGGGAUGCACAUCAGUGCUUUGCCGUAUUCUCUCUCCGUUAUAAUGGCUGCUCUAUAUCAGGGCACGGACUCGUCCUCUCCGGAUAAAUAUCUGGCGUUAAAAGACGUCAGAGAGGUGAAGGAGGAGACCACUCUGGACGAGAAGCUCUUUCUGCUGGCCUGCGAGAAGGGGGACUACUACAUGGUGAAGAAGCUUUUGGAGGAGAAACGACAUGGCGAGUUGAACAUUAACUGUGUAGAUGUGCUCGGGAGAGACGCUGUCACCAUUUCAAUCGAGAAUGAGAAUCUAGACAUAUUACAGCUGCUCUUGGAUCAUGGCUGCCAGGCCACAGAUGCAUUAUUAGUGGCUAUUGAUUCAGAAGUGGUAGGAGCAGUUGACAUCCUGCUAAACCAUCGGCCCAGGCGUUCCUCCAAGCCGUCUAUCGCGAAACUGAUACAGAAGAUUCAGAACCCAGAGUAUUCCACCACCAUGGAUGUUGCUCCAGUCAUUCUUGCUGCCCACAGGAAUAAUUACGAGAUUUUGACCAUGCUGUUAAAGCAGGACAUCUCUCUGCCACGACCCCAUGCUGUAGGGUGCGAGUGUACCCUCUGUAAUGCCAAGAACAAGAAGGACAGUCUUCGUCAUUCAAGGUUCCGUCUAGAUAUCUACCGAUGCCUCGCCAGCCCGUCCUUGAUCAUGCUUACAGAAGAAGACCCCAUUCUGAGGGCGUUUGAGCUCAGCGCUGAUCUGAAAGAGCUGAGCCUGGUGGAAGUGGAGUUUCGGAAUGAUUAUGAAGAACUUGCCAAGCAGUGCAAGAUGUUUGCCAAGGACCUGCUGGCUCAGGCCCGCAACUCUCGUGAGCUGGAAGUCAUACUGAACCACACGUCCAGCGAAGACCACGUAGACAAGAGAGGCCUUCUGGAGGAACGCAUGAACCUCAGCCGCCUCAAACUGGCCAUCAAAUACAACCAAAAGGAGUUUGUCGCCCAGUCCAACUGUCAGCAGUUUCUGAAUACGGUGUGGUUCGGCGAGAUGGCGAGCUACCGCCGCAAACACACCUGCUUAAAGAUCGUGUCGGUUUUGAGCGUAGCCCUGCUGUGGCCGCUGUUGUCCAUCUGUUACCUGCUGGGACCCCGUUCUCGCGUCGGCCAGGUCAUCCACACUCCUUUCAUCAAGUUUAUCAUCCACAGCGCUUCUUACUUCACCUUCCUGCUGCUUCUGAACCUGUACUCACUCAUCUACAAUGACAAGAAGAACAUGGGUCCUGCGCUGCAAGUGAUAGACUACCUUCUCAUUCUCUGGAUCAUAGGCAUGGUGUGGUCGGAUGUGAAGCGUCUCUGGUAUGAGGGAUUAGAGGAUUUCCUGGAAGAGUCACGGAACCAGCUGAGCUUCGUCAUGAACUCGCUUUAUCUGGCCACUUUUGCCCUAAAAAUAGUGGCUUACAACAAGUACAGCAAAACUUCUAUACCAGAGGAAAGGAAAGAAUGGGACGCCUUCCAUCCCACCCUGGUCGCUGAGGGCCUUUUUGCAUUCGCCAUAGUUCUGAGCUAUCUACGCCUCUUCUUCAUGUACACCACCAGCUCCAUCUUGGGGCCUUUACAGAUCUCCAUGGGUCAGAUGCUACAAGAGUUUGGCAAGUUUCUUGGCUUAUUCCUGCUAGUGCUCAUCUCUUUCACCAUCGGCCUGACACAGCUGUAUGGGAAAGAUCAGGAUCCAUCCAAAACCAAAGACGAUAACAAGGACUGUGAGGGGAUCUUCUGUCAGCAGCAGAGCAACGACACCUUUCACACGUUUAUGGGGACGUGUUACGCACUCUUCUGGUACAUCUUCUCUUUGGCACAUGUUAAUUUAUUUGUGACGAGGAUCAGCUACACGGAGGAGCUGCGGUCAUUUGUUGGUGCGCUUAUCGUCGGUACCUACAACAUCGUUGUGGUCAUUGUUCUAACCAAACUCCUGGUGGCCAUGCUGCAUAAGAGCUUCAGACAGAUCGCUAACCAUGAAGAUAAGGAGUGGAAAUUUGCUCGGGCUAAACUGUGGCUCAGUUACUUUGAUGACAAGUGCACACUGCCUCCACCCUUCAACGUCCUUCCCUCACCCAAGACCGUGUGCUACCUAGUGAUCAGCAUGAGCAAAUGGAUCUGUUCCCACACAUCCACAGGCAAGGUCAAGAGACAGAAUAGUCUGAGGGAAUGGACGAACCUGAAGCAGAAAAGAGAUCAGAAUUACCAGAAGAUUAUGUGCUGUCUAGUGCACCGUUACCUGACCUCUACGAGACAGAAGAUGCAGAGCAUGGACCAGGCCACAGUAGAGAAUCUCAAUGAUCUUCGCCAAGACCUCUCCAAGUUUCGCAAUGAAAUGAGAGACCUUUUGGGCUUUCGCACUUCCAAAUAUGCCAUGUUCUACCCCAGAAGCUAAGCCAUGCCCGUUUAUUUAAAGUGACCCAGCAUGCUCAGCAAUGCUCCACUUCUUAUUCUUGGGAAGAUAUAAGUGACAAAAAAGUCCUGGGACUCUACUGGAAUUGUAUUAAGCUCUGUUUAUUCUACACCAAAGCCUCCAGAACCAUAACUUACGUAAUAUUCUUGCAUCCUAUUUCUUUCUAAAAGUGUCAUUCUUUUCAAAUAAAUAACAUUUAUUAUAAAGAAAUGCUAUAUUAUACUGAACAUGUGAAAAUACCUAGUAACUUUUGCAUCUUUUCAGUAUUUGAAUAUAUAUUUAAGGACAGUAGUUCUUAACUCCAGUAUUGGUGACCAACCACUCUGUACAUUUUUAUGUCUUUAAUAUCUAGUACAUGUAAUCAGUUUAUAGAGCUUUUUGCUAACAGGCAGAUGAUCUGAAUAAGGUAUACUGUAGGGUUACGGUUGAAGCUGAGGGGGAAAAUACUGAUAAACAAGGAUUCUCAACUUUGGCCCUCAAGAUCUAGCUUUAACCUUCAAUUGUAAUUACCUGCCUGUAACAUUUUUGUAAUCCUGAAUAUCUCAAAUAGCUGGUCCAAGCUUGUUAUUAUAGGUAAAUCUAACCUUUGCAGGAAAUUGAACCUUGAGUUCCACAGUUGAAGACCCUUGGCAUAAAACAAAGCUGUCUCCCCAGCCCACCUAAAACAGGUGGGCAAUUUCAAUCCUUCAAAGCUGAGUGUUUUUUCCCCAAUCCUAAUUAAACACACUUGAACAAGCUACACAAAGUUUGGAAAGCUACAGACAGGUGACUUUUUAUAAAGGCCAGAUCAAUACUUUACAGGACUGUGGGUCUCCGGGGUAAACUUGCCAAACCCCUGACCUAAAUUGGAGAUCUACUCUGGUCAUGUUGAGCUUAUAUCCUGCAACACCUGACUGUGAUUUUCAAACAAUCCUUAACACUUUUAUUAGCUGAUUCAGGUAUGUUUGUAUGUAAAUGGAGAACCUUCAGGAGCAGCUCUCCAGGAGCAGGGUUGACCUUGACCUAGAUCAGAGGUAGGAAAGUUCAGUCCUGGUAAACAACAGUUGCGCAGAGCUUUGCUCCAACCCUAACAAUACACAACUGAAAAACCCAGUCAAGGUCUGAGUGUUACGAGAAUGCUGUAGGCCAGUGAGUUUUUUUCAAGGCUGAAUCAAAUUCAGUUCAGGACUUGCUUACCCCUGAUCUUAACCAGGGGUGUCCUAUUCCAGCUGCUGAGUUUUAGCUUCAAUCAGCUCCAAAACGCUUGCCUAGAAGUUCCAAGUAAAGCUGUGAUCACACUACAAUUUCUUCACAUUGACCUCUAUUCAUAUGCAUGCGAAUGCACCAGACCAUAAAUGCAAGCUCGUGCAACAAGUUUCGCAUGUCACUUCAUUCCAAAGUUCAAGCUCGGUGAACUCUGAGCUGCAAAAUUCACAUCACGUGAAUGUGCGAGACCAACAGAAGAUCAAAACAUCAACUCUCUAUACAGAAAUGUUAAAUUAAAAGCAAUUGCUCAUUUUAUCAGCGUUGCAUCAUCUUAUUUUACCUUAACCUUCUUGUAGACCCAUCCAAUAGAAUUUCGCAUGCUCAAACUGUAGUGUGACCACAGCUUGACUCUGCAGACCUUGAUGUGCUGCUGAAGGUGUGUUCAAUCUGGGUAGGAGCUACUCUCUGCAGGACAGUGGGCCUCAAAGAUUAUUACAUUUAAUUGCAUUAAGACUGGACCAGCUGGAGAAAUUUCUCACUCUUAACACUUCUAGCCUGUUCUGACUUCUGGCUCCUUUCUAACCUAACUGACUCAUGGUUUUAAGACAAACAAAACAAUCCUUUACAUAUAUCUAUUUGUGAAUGUUGUCAGUCAGUUAAUAUAUUAACAGGAAAGGCUUUAAAAGUUUGUCAAAACCUGUCUUUUUCUGGCUGAAUAACUGGAAAAGCAGGUAAUUUUAGUAAUGGUAUUGUAUCAAUAUCAGAACAAUCAGUGUUACGUAUUUUUAACUGCGGAACUACUUUCAGAGCAGUCUGGAACAAGAAACAUAUAUAUAAAAGUUCUGCAGUUGUAGAUUAUGACCCUUGUACUAAGUUUCCUAAGGAGUUAAAUGUUUGAACAGUGCCCUUUUCACAGUCGAGCACUCUGAGCCCUAGGCAAGUUUAGCAACAGAUGUUCUGACAUGACCAUUUGCACUGCUGUACAUGAACUCUGAAAUGUCCUUAAUCAACUGAAAUUUGUUUCUGUGGAACAAAAUGUGUUUCAAAAAUACAAAUAAAGACAAUGUCCAAGACUUUAAA